UUCAUGAACCACUCAUCUAGAUUACUCGGCACACGCUUCAAGGAUUCGAACCGUGGAGUACAUCAUUAAAUGCGAGUCGUGCUGGAAAAAUGUCGCAACUCUUAACGCCCCAAGUUCUCCACGAGCAGCUGAGUGUAAUCAUGGCUGCGCUGACCAAGGCAGCCGUAAUGGACAUCUGCGAGCUGUUCGAGCGCGGCAUGGCCGGCCUCAGAGAUGAAGUUAACCGCAACCAGCAGGAGAACCGUGAGCUCCGCAGCAGACUCAGCCUCAUCGAGUCCGUCGUGGUCCGCGGGAGCGUCGCCGGCCCCUGCCCCGACAUACCGGAGGACGGCCGCCACCAGCCCGAAAGACAGCGGGACCACCGAGAAGGGCAAGCCGACGGAGAGGCUUCUGACUGCGGGGAGGAGGUUCCUGACGUGGUGCUGAUCAAAGAUGAAGACUACGACGGUGAGGAAGACGUGAUGUCGGCGUUUGACACGGAGGACGUUACGGAGGACGUCGCCACCACGCCGCCGCUCACACGGCGAAGGAAGAGAAAAGGGCAAAAGAAGGACUCGGACAGGAAGUCCGACCUCAGUGGAGCGGUCAGCAUGGCCGCCGUAUACUCGUUGGACGCCGCUCAGCUGGCUGUGGAUGACGUGGCGGCGGAAGAGUCGAGUGCAUGCGAAAAUGCAGAUGCGAAUCUGGUUCAGGGUGACGCUCACCUCCCCACCACCGACCAGCUGUCGUAUUUCCCCAACAUGGCGCUGCCGGAGUCUCACCCGUCGGAAGACGUCUGUUGGAGCGAAUCGGGGUCCAAUGACGUCACCUCUGCUGGCUUGGAACGCGACGAGCCCACAGAUGCCUUCGGCCUCCAGAUAGUCAGCGUGUCAGGCUCGUCGCGACCCGCCGCCGCCGUCAAGUACAGAGAAGGCAAGGCUUCGGGUGAAGUGCGUCGGCACACGUGUGGCGUGUGCAACAAGACUUUCACCACAGCGCAGAGCCGUGACGUGCACACGCGCAUCCACACGGGCGAGCGUCCCUUUAGCUGUCAACAGUGCGGAAGGCGCUUCACACAGUCGGCGCACCUCAAGUCGCACUUGAACGUCCACACGAGGGAGCGGCCCUUCCCUUGCCCGCUGUGCCCACGCACCUUCCUCUCCAAGUACCCCAUGACCAUGCACCUCAAAAAGUGUCAUGCCGACACGUGACCCCGAAUAAGUUGUAAGU